AUGCGUCGUUCGGCCCGCCUUGCCAAAUCCGGGUCGGUUACACCUACUGUUGAUGGAUCUGGGACCACUCACUCGGGUGGUGAUGCUUCCACUACUGUCAGCACUGCUUCUGAGUCUUCCGACCCGGAUGGUUCCUUGGGCAGUGAUCCGGAUGAUCUUGCUGAGCUCGAAGACAACGAAAAUAAUUUGCUGGACCUGGCCGACUUUGCUGGUGUCCCUCUUGAUGAGCUAGAUAUCGAAACUCGCUAUGAACUUGCAGUUGCUGCAGUCCGGAACGGUGCUCGCCAGCGCCAGGCUGCUGCCCAAUAUGCUGUUGUACGUACUACGCUGCAGCGCCGCUUGUUGGGGAUUGGGAACUAUCGUGCUGGUCAUGCCACUCAGCAAGCACUGAGUCCGGCACAAGAGAAAAUACUGGUGGAGUGGAUCAAGAUCAAAGGGAAACAAGGUGUUCCGAUGUCUCUCCCAACUGUUGCCAACGCUGGCUCAGUCAUCAUUGAUCGUCCACUUGGGAAGACUUGGGCACAGCGUUUCAAGGCCCGUCACAGUGAUCAACUGAAAGUUGUGUGGACACAGAAGCUGGAAAGCUGCCGUGCUCGGCAGUUGAAUCCAAACACAGUCAAUCCAUACUUUGAUAUGCUUGAAGAGACUAUUCACACAUACAGUAUCAAGUGCAGCAACAUCUACAACAUGGAUGAGAAGGGGAUUCAACUUGGAGACAGUGGCCGCACAAAAGUUCUUGCAGAUAGAGAUCAGAAACAAGUUCGAAAAAUUUCAGACGGAGACCGAGAGUUGGUUACGGUCCUUGAGUCUGUGUGUGCAGAUGGAACAGCACUAGCACCGACUGUAAUAUUUAAAGGUGUUCGCCGGGAUCUGCGGUGGGGCGAGAACAACCCCUCAAACGCAAGUAUCUCUCUUUCCCCUCGUGGCUGGACCGAUCAAUACCUUGGAGCAAUAUGGAUGGAGAAAGAGUUUGAACCUCAGACAGCUCUCAAGCUUGAAGACCCCAGUGACUACCGAUUGCUUAUUUUGGAUGGUCACAAUAGCCACUGCACAUAUCGCUUUCUGAGUUUUGCAAAAGAUCACCGAAUUAUUGUCCUAUGCCUGCCUCCCCACACAACACACGCCCUUCAGCCUUGUGAUGUUGGCGUGUUCAAGCCACUUUCGACAUUUUGGAAAAAAGAAGUUGAGAAGGUUACUCAUGCCUAUGGCACUAUAAACAAAUAUAAUCUCCUUGCACACUACCACAAUGCUCGCACACAAGCAUUCAAGCCCACAACCAUCAUGAACUCUUUCCGCAAGACAGGUAUCUGGCCUGUUAAUCGUCAUGCAAUUGACGCCGACGAGUUUGAGACCGCGAAACACUACACCAAUCAGGCCACCCUUCCCACCAUCACACCCGCAGACGGAAACAUUUCUAACAAUGUGCAAUCCUCAGCUUCUGGCCCAACAGAAUCAUUUCCUAGUGUACAAAGUGGUCAACAAUCACGGGCCCCUACAUCCAACUUGACUGGCUUGUCCACGUCUCAGUCCCAGCAGACGAUUACCGAAUCUAACAUCUCCUUGGAAGCUGCCGCCAUUUCCGUUGCAGAGGUUGAUCCAUUGAUCCCUCCUUCCAUCUCAGCCCCCUCGACACCGUCUCAUAACAAGAGACCUCAUCCCACAGACGGAUUGAUUGCAGCCGCCUUUCGGCUCGUUGCACCUUCUCCGCGGAAGGGUCCACAGUCCAGAAAAGCACUACGUGCCGAGAACACCAAUCUUCGUGACGUUCUGGGUGGUGCUGAUGUCGAGAUCGAGAAACUCCAGACCCAGUUGAAGCUUGCUGCCAUCGAAAAUGCCGAAUUGCGCCAAGCCCUGUGUGCAAAGAAAUCAAAGGGAAAUCGAAAUCUGAUCGAUGGGAUGGCACGAAACCUUACUGCGUCAGAAAACAUGGAGGAACUGGGUGCCAGAGAGCAUCGUAUCAUCUACACAGCCCUGCACAAAGAUAUCGUGCCGCUCCUGGAAGAGAUCUCGAACUGGAUGAUAGCGAGAGGACGGGUAAUCGAUUCGGACACAGUGGGCUCGAAUGGCCCGGCCAGCGCUCUAGAACAGGAGUCAGACGGACACUGGUUGUACAAUGUAUUCCCGCCUGUUAGCCUCCUCAGCCGUGGCUAUGUGCCGAAACGAAGACGUGGACGGCCUGCUGGUCGUGGUACUGGCCGUGGGGUGCGUGGUCGUGGCGGAGGGAGUAGAGCUGACUCAGAUCGUGGAAGAGGAGAUGGUCGUGGUCGUGCGCGUGGUCGUGCGCGUGGUCGUGGCCAUGGUCGUGCGCGCGGUGGCAGUCGUGCACGUGCACAUGGUCGUGGUCGUGGUCGUGGUCUUGCGCGUGGUCAUGGUCAAGACCAGGUGGACUCAGACAGUGAGAUGAUAGACAUCGACCUCGAGUUUGGAGAUGAGGAAUCCGAAACAGAGCGUAGUGGCGACUCGAGUGGACCGGACACCACAUCAGGCACAGAAGAGCUUUCAUCGACCUCUACGGGCAGGGAUGCUGCUCAGAGCAGCGAGGAUGAAUCGAGCAUGGACGAAGGUGGUGAUCAGGUAGCGGAAGAGAUCGAGAUUGUUGCCAUCAACGGGCAUCGAUGGGUUUCGGGCGACCUUGAGUUCAUGGUCAUCUGGGCUGACGAUGAUGUGACCUGGGAACCGCUCGAAACUGUGAACGACUGCGAGAAAUUAGAGGAUUAUCUUGAUGCACGCGGGAAAACUGAUCCCCUUCAGCUUGGAAAGCGGCGAUAUGUUCUUGAUAAAGCUUUCCAGGCUUCAAAUCCCUAA